AUGAACGAGCUGGAGCGACAGUUCCUCGAAUUGCUCCAGUUCAACAUCAACGUUCCCUCCAGUAUUUAUGCCAAGUAUUAUUUUGACCUUCGUUCUCUGGCGGAAGCCAACAACCUGAGCUUCCCCUUGGAGCCCCUGAGCAGGGAGAGGGCCCACAAGCUGGAGGCCAUCUCCCGCCUCUGCGAGGACAAGUACAAGGACCUGAGAAGACCCAUGAGGAAGCGGUCAGCCAGUGCUGACAAUCUGACUCUGCCCAGGUGGUCCCCGGCCAUCAUCUCCUAA